AUGUCAGACCAAAACAGAACAAAGAGAAUGGCCACUAAAGGUGCUCUUACACGUUUAACAACAUAUUUUAGAAGUAUAGAAAAUAAUGAAAUUAUCGACCUCGUAGAUUUAGAAAUGCGAUUAUCCAAAGCCGAAGAGCUUUUAGAUGUUUUUAAUGAGGUUCAGCUGCUUAUUGAAACUGAUGAUCCUGACUGCGAGGAAAAUUAUGACACAAUACAUGCCAUUGAAAGACGACCUACUGAAACGUCUGAUUCACGUAGUGUCAAUGGUUCAGUAGCAGCUGGGCCUACAAAUACAAGCAACAUUAAGUUACCUCCAUUGAAUCUAGCUACAUUUGAUGGGUCAUUUGAUGAAUUCCUCUUCUUUCGCGACAGUUUUAAUUCUAUUAUUAAUGAUAAUACUUCACUUCCCAACGUACAAAAGUUUCAUUACUUACGUCUGUCAUUACGUGGCAUAGCUGCCGACACUAUUAAAUCUUUGCAAGUUUGCGAUGCAAACUACGGCAUUGCUUGGAGUUUAUUGACCGAAAGAUUUGAAAAUAAACAGUUACUCGUAAACAAUCACAUUAAAGCUCUCUUUAACCUACCACUAGUCACAAAAGAAUCAAAUCAAGGUCUCAGACAACUUCUAGACAAUACACAAAAACAUUUACGUGCUUUAGAAGUUUUAAAACGCCCCACUAAACACUGGGAUGAUUUGGUUAUCUAUUUGUUAACAACAAAAUUUGAUAACUCAACAAGACGCUCUUGGGAGUCACAAAAUUGUAAAGACAACCUACCAGUUUUAGAUGAUUUACUGAAAUUUUUAAAAGAACGAUGUCGUAUCUUAGAGUCAUUAUACAACUACAAUGAUAAUAAACAGGAUCAAAAUUCACCACGUUACAAAGGUAAUAAGUCUGAAACAAGAGCCUUUGUUUCUAACACAGAGAAUAGGUUUAAAUGCAACUUUUGUAAUAAGAAACAUAAAAUAUAUUAUUGUCCUGACUUCUUAAAACUAAAUCCUACUAAUAGGUUAAACAAUGCAAAACGUCUACGUUUAUGCCUUAAUUGUCUUGGCACAUGCCAUCGUACUAAGGAUUGUCGUUCUACUGGUUGUAGAAAAUGUGGAAAGAUCCACACUAUGUUACACUUCGAGAAUUCACAAUCCUCAAAUUCAGUUUCCACAGAAAACAAUUCUUCUCAAUCUUCAUUAUCUUCCAAUGUUCCAAACACUGGGUUGCAGUCUAAUGAAUUUACUUCUACCUCUAACUUCUUUUCAACACAUCAUAUAAGCUCAAGUGUUCACACUGCUAUUAAACCGUAUAUUCUACUCUUAACUGCUGUUGUUAACGUUUUUGACAAGUUCGGCAACUCACAUAAAUGCAGAGUACUCUUGGACAACGGAAGUCAAUCCAACUUUAUAUCUGAGAAAUUUUAUUCUGCCAAUUAUUGUACAAGUGCGUAUUACCGAAGAUUGCCGAACGAAGUGACCCAAGUUCAGUCGCCAGGGUUACUGGGUGACGAAAAAGUACAUAACGACGAGAAUACACACAAAACCAACGCUUCGAUGAACGAACAUUUUUACUCCUUACAUUCAAGUUAUUGUAAUUUGUUUUAG